AUAGUCCGAACAAAACCGAACAAAAUGCGAACGCAGUCAGUUAUAGUGUUCCUGGUGCUGGCCGCCGUUGGCCUGGCCAGAGCCACCGAGUGGUGGGAGAGUGGCAACUACUACCAGAUCUAUCCGCGCUCCUUCCGCGACUCAGACGGCGAUGGCAUCGGGGAUUUGAAUGGCGUCACCGAAAAGCUGCAGUACCUCAAGGAUAUUGGCUUCACGGGCACUUGGCUCUCACCCAUCUUCAAAUCACCAAUGGUGGACUUUGGCUAUGACAUCUCGGACUUCUACCAAGUCCACCCCGAGUACGGCACCAUGGAGGACUUCGAGCGUCUGAUUGCCAAGGCCAAGGAGGUGGGCAUCAAGAUCAUCCUGGACUUUGUGCCCAACCACUCGAGCGAUGAGAGCGAGUGGUUCAAGAAGUCCGUAGACAGCGAUCCCCACUACAAGGACUACUACAUCUGGCAUGAUGGCAAGAUCAACGAGGAGACCGGCGAGCGGGAGCCACCGAACAAUUGGGGCUCCGAGUUCCGAUACAGCGCCUGGGAGUGGAACGAUGUGAGGCAGCAGUACUAUCUGCAUCAGUUCGCCGUGCAGCAGCCAGAUCUGAACUACCGCAAUCCGGUGGUGGUCGAGGAGAUGAAGAACAUCAUUCGCUUCUGGCUGGCCAAGGGCGUCUCCGGUUUUCGCAUCGAUGCGGUUCCCUACCUAUUUGAGGUGGACCUGGACCGCUACAACCAGUACCCCGAUGAGCCGCUCACCAACGAUACGGCUGCCUGUCCGGACCCCGACGAUCACUGCUACACGCAGCACAUCUACACCCAGGAUCUGCCGGAGACCAUCGACAUGGUCUACCAGUGGCGUGAGGUGGUGGACACGUUCCAGGCGGAGCACGGUGGCGAUAAGCGACUGCUCCUGACCGAGGCAUACACCAGUUUCGAGAACAUGAUGCUGUACUACGGCGAUGGCGAGCGGAAUGGCUCCCACAUCCCCUUCAACUUUGACUUCCUCUCGAACGUGAACAACGCCUCGACGGCGCCCACUUACGUGACGCACAUCAAGAAGUGGAUGGAUGCCAUGCCAGAGGGUGUCCACGCCAAUUGGGUUCUGGGCAAUCAUGACAACAAGCGCGUGGCCUCCCGCUUCGGGGUGCAGCGCACGGACCUGAUCAACAUCCUGCUGCAGACGCUGCCAGGAAAUGCCAUAACCUACAACGGCGAGGAGCUGGGCAUGACCGAUGUAUGGAUCAGCUGGGAGGAUACUGUGGAUCCUCCGGCCUGCAACUCCGAUCCCGAGCACUACUACGAUCGCUCACGCGAUCCGGCCCGCACACCAUACCAAUGGGAUGCCUCUUCCAAAGCAGGCUUCACUAGCGCCGAUCACACCUGGCUGCCCGUGUCCGAUGACUACAAGACGAAUAAUGCCCUCCAACAGCUGCGCGCUCCGCGCUCGCAUCUGCAGAUCUUCAAGAAGUUGGUGCGCGUCCGCAAAGAGCCGUCCUUCCGCCAGGGAGAUCUGGACAUACAGGCCAUCGAUGAUGAUAUCAUCAUCUACUCGCGCCAAAAGAGCGACAGCGAUCUGUAUGUGAUUGUCCUCAACCUUGGCGGAACUGCCAAGACGAUUGACAUAACAAAGUACUACAAGCUGGGCAGCCAGGCGGAGAUUAUCACCACCUCACUGAACUCUCAGCACAUCGACGGAGAUGUCGUCAAUCCGUCAGCGUUUGUGGCCAAUCCCUAUGUGGGCACAGUCCUCGUGGCUGUCAACUAACAGUCGAGUAGUCGCGUUAGUGUGGAGUGUUAUGUUAUAAAAUAAAAAGAUUUUUCUUCAA